UGUCAAGACAUAGGUCCAAAGUUGUUCCCGAGGUAGGUGGUAGCGAUGGCAACGGGAGCAGGGUGUGGAGACGAUGGUGGGGCGGCGAGGAGGGGAGCGGCGGCUCCAAGUCCGAGAAUGGGUCGGAGGAGGGGCUCUCGUUGGAGGCGCAGCUGGAGCGAGCGAAGCAGCAGAUCAAGCUAUCGGCGCCGAAGCGGCAUCUGUCAAACGAGCGGACGGCGCUCAAGUGGGUCUCGCGAUCGCUGGAGAUCGGCGCGGGCGCCACCUUUGUCCUUACCUGGCUGGGCGUCGACGGGCUCGGUCUCUCGGUUGCGCUGUGGCUCCUUGUCAUUGCGCUGCUGGUCUACACAAUAUGGCGGUUCACUGUCCGGGCGUAUGUGCUGGUCGGCGAGGAUGUUGGCCCGGAUCACGAUCCGUUUUCUCGCAUCUACGAUGCGUACGGCCCGGUGGUCCUUGGCUUUGCACUCGGCGCUGCGGGUCUCAUUGUCGUCGCCAUCGUCACGUUUUCCGACAAGCGAGUGUAGAUUGUCGCCGAUCCGAGCCAAGCUGCUGGCGGCCUCGCUGAAGAGGCACAGUUGGCCAAGUAAGGCGGCGGAAUGACAGUAGAUGGAGAGAUGAUACCGAGGAUCAAGACUAAUGAAAGAGAUCAUGUUGUCCUC